UGUAUGCUGAGAAAUGGGAGUGGGAAUAAGUGGCUGACAAUUCCUCCCUCUCCUCGCACAGAAUCGAGAGCUACAGAUCAUGAGACGACUCAGCCACUGCAACAUCAUAAGACUGCAGUAUUUCUUCUACUCAUCGGGAGACAAAAAAGAUGAGUUAUACCUCAACCUGGUCCUGGACUAUGUACCGGAGACUGUGUAUCGCGUCAUUCGACAUCACAGCAAAGCCAAGCAAGUCAUGCCCCAGCUCUAUGUCAAGGUGUACAUGUACCAGCUGUUCCGAGCGCUGGCCUACAUCCAUGCCAACGGAGUCUGUCACAGAGACAUCAAACCCCAGAACCUUCUUCUCAACCCAGAGACUUGCAUCCUCAAACUU